AUGUCUGAUAUGAUGCUUAGUGCUGAAUCAGAAACAGAACCACCGAAACAGCAACGUUCUCCAUCUAAUCAAUCAGAAGCAGAUAAGCCUUGGCUCAAUCUUCAAUAUCGUGGUGCUGAUGAAACAUCAAUCAAAACACCCCAAGAUUUGGAAAAUGAUAUGGUAGAACUAUCCUAUCAAAUCGAUGAAAAGACAUUAAGCCGAAUCGCAGGAUCAAUGAUAGGAAUGGCAUUAGGUGACGCUCUUGGUGCCCACGUGGAGUUUCGACCUCAUCGAUUUUUAGUUGAAAACCCUGUCACUGAUCUUCAAGGAGGAGGAACGUGGGGUCUUAGUAAAGGGCAGUUCACCGAUGAUACUUCCAUGGCACUUUGUUUGGCUAAUUCACUGGUAACUCAAAAGAAAUUUAAUCCAUAUGAUCAAUUGGUUCGAUAUAAGUGGUGGUACAAAGAAGGAUACAUGUCUUCAACUGGACGAUGCUUUGAUAUUGGAAGGGCUACGAGUGAAUCCCUGAAUGUAUUCGAGAUUCGUCAAAUUGCUUUUGCUAAGAAGCACAACAUUCCACAAAAAGAAAUGGACUACCUUUCCGAUGAAAGUCUGGUCAAAACAUUUGACGUCUAUUGCAGUAAAGAGCAUGUUGCUGGUAAUGGAGCUCUUAUGCGUCUUGCACCAGUACCCAUAUUUUUCUAUAAAUAUCCCGAGUAUGCUGUAGAAUAUUCUGGUAUUAGUGGGCAGAUUACUCACGGUGACAUAAAAGCUUAUGAUGCAUGUCGUUACUAUGGUGCUCUGAUUGUUGCUGCUCUUACUGGCUACACGAAAGAAAAAAUUCUUGAUAAAGAUUUUUAUUCUAAACAUUUACAAUGGUUUAGUGGAACACCACUUUGUAAUGAGAUUGAACGUAUUGCCGAGGGUUCUUAUCAGAAAAAAGGUGGAUAUGCGGAAGGAAUUCGAGGUAAAGGAUAUAUUGUUGAUGCUCUCGAAGCAGCUUUAUGGGCAUUCUGGUCUGAUGAUAAUUCGUUUGAGCAAGGUGCUCUUGCUGCUGUGAAUCUUGGCGAUGAUACUGAUACUACGGCUGCCAUUUAUGGACAAUUAGCUGGUGCUUACUACGGUUACAAAGGACUACCUAAAAACUGGCGUAAACAUGUUUAUGCUAAGAAGUUUAUGAUAAAUUUGAGCAAGUGGAUUGCUUAUGAAGGACAGAUGUGGAAGCCAUCAGAAUCUAUAAUCUCGAAUAAGUCACUCUUGCCAUCGAAACCUCAUGCGCAUGAAGAGAACGUUAACAUAGUUAUCAAUGAGCCAGACCUAAACUUAAACUUACCAAAUAACGCAACAGUGACUAAUAAAGCUGCUGGAUCUGAAGAACCAAUAAAUUUAGAGUCAUAUAUAAAUCCAAGAGAACGUCUUAGAAAUGCUCCAAAUGCACGUACGAAGAACCCAAUCGUGGCAUCAACAUCGACCAUGCAUAAAGAGACAUUGGAACAACAAACCAUGAACGAACAUUCAACUUUUGAACAUCAGCCUAAUGAAGCGAUUAUUGAAACGCCCCUUGAGAAAUUUGAUUUAACUAUAGAUUCUUCAUCCAUUGAAAAAUGCUUUCAGUCAACUGAUUCGGCCCAGUGUGUUCAGAAAGCACAGAAAGAUCAUAGUCAAUGUAAAUUGCCACUAUGCGGUACUCAAUCGAUACCAUCUAGAGUUGAAUAUAUUUCACCAAACUGGAUCAAUUCGAAUCAAAGAUCACAUGUUCAUGAAGUGAAGAGCUCAAAAUUACUUCUCGGACGGCGCUCUUCUGAAAAGCAAGUCGAGUCAUCACUUAAUAUACCGCAUUUAAAUCGAGCUGGAAUCCGCAAUACUCCUUCGUCACAUUAUUCCAAUACGCAUAAAGAUAAUGACUCGGCAGCACUAGUAGAAGAUCGUCAUUCAUCACUUGCUCCACCUCCUAUUUCACGAUCUUCUACGAAACAUGCAACAGAUUCAUCAUCAGCAGUCAUAACUUCUCAGCAAUGUGUAUAUCAAAAUCCUACAAAUUCUUAUCAACUCAAAUCUGUUAGUUUCAAUAGUCAAGGUACUAUGGGAAACAAAAUUCAUGACACUCAGUUGUAUCAGAUGGUAGAGCCGGAACCUUUUCCUCAAGCAGAAUCAAAGAUUAAAUCAAGACAAGAAAAACGUGCGGAAAACACACCGAAUAUAGAUUCAGCAAAUUCAUUGUCGGCUAAUGGAAGAAAUAAUGACAAGAAACAUUAG